AUGAACGAUAAUAACACAAACAACACAAACCUAUAUUUUUUGGAGCCAGUAACUUCAAAAACAUUAGAAAGAAGGGAUGACACUCCGAAGAAAAGAACACCUAACAUGUUCAUUUCAUAUCGUACAGAAAUGUUGAAAUUUAAACCAAAUAAUAUAACGAUGACCGAAUUCAGCAAACAAAUAUCAACGAAAUGGAAAAACUUAUCGGUAGAGGAAAAGGCUGAAUUACAAAAGAAAUAUCAAAUAAGCAGAGAAAAUUUGCGCUACAUGUCCAUUGACGUUGUUAUAACCAACACAUAUGAUUCUGUAUUCAUGGAAUACUACUUGAUCUCAGCGGGACCUCAAAUGGCUGAUAUAGUCGACGCAUGA